AUGCUAGAACACCAAUUUGAAGAAAAGACCUUUGCGAAACCCACACAAUGUGAUUUAUGUAAUAAAAUGCUUUGGGGCUUCGUCAAGCAAGGGGUCUACUGUAAAGUAUGUGGCUACGUAUGCCACACAAAGUGCUCAGAAAAUUCGGUUUACUGUGGCGCACCAGAAACCUCAAAUUCUUCAAAGAAUUCCCGAAAAAAUAAUAAUAGUAAUGAGUCAUCAUCAAUAGUGGGAAGCAGAGAAAUUGAUUCAGACCGAUCAAAUGGCGAAACCGCAGAAUACGGUGGUGGUGUUGGUGUUGUUAAAAAUACGCGUUCCUCUUCAGGAUCAUUACAAAUUCGGUCUCGAUCACAACCAAGAUCCGCGAAUUCAAAUCAUUCAUCUGGACCAUUACCAAAUUCACGUACCGUAUCCUUUCGAAACUUAGACUCAAUUCCUCCACCAAAACCUGAGCCAAAGGCACCCCUACCACCAAGACCUAUUCUACAUUUGAUUGUUUCUUCGGCCAUCAAUAUGACCAAUGAAUCCAAAUUGCCAUCAGAUUCUUCUCAUCCGCCACUGAAUCUUCAAACCACCACAAUAAAUUUUAAAAAAUUUGUGCAAAAGUGUGGAUUUAUUUUUGCUUUACAAGAUGCUGUUGAGGAUCUUGUUACGUGGAAGAAUUCUGCAAAUACAUUGUUGGCAAUGGUAGUUUAUAUUUAUUUAUGUCUCUAUCCUCAUCUUAUUAUUCUUACGCCGCUUGUCAUUGUAUUGUCUGUGUUGAUUUCUUCUUAUACUAAAAGAUUUCCUGAUGGACCAAUAAAUCAAAUACGGAACCGAAAAAAAUCAAAUAAGAAUAAAAAAUCAAAGCAAUCUGUACCAAUGCUUCCCGCUGAAAAUUCCGUCGACUACCUAAAGAACAUGCAGAAUAUACAAAAUGUGAUGGGAACAGUGUCGGACGGAUACGAUGCUGUCAUACCGCUAUUUAAACAUCUGGACUGGAGCAAUGAGCAAGAGAGUCUACGGAUUACACAAAUUGUAGUUUUAAUGUUGGCUCUUUUAACCGCCACUGUAUGGUUUGUGCCAUGGCGUAAAGUGUUUAUUGUGGUUGGGCUGAGUGUGUUUAUUUUGAACAAUAAAUUCGUUAAAGCCUUGAUAAAGGAGUCCAGUCCUUUAAUUAUGGAACGUGGAAAGAUUUUCAUGGAUCAGUGGAAAGAAUUUUUUAUGUCGGAAGAUGAUGAAGAAGAGUCUGAACAAGAUGAAAUCAUAGUGUCAGUUUAUGAAAAUCAACGAUGGUGGGCUGGAACAGGAUUUGGCCCACAAUUACUUCGUUCAGAAAGAGCACCAUGGUCAUCAUCAAUGGCUGGAACUACUGGAUUACCACCGAAAGAUGAAAUUGUGCCUCACGAAGGAUACGAAUGGGCCGGAGAGGAUUGGAGUGUCGACAUGAAUAACGUAUGGGAGGAUGAAAAAGGAACUGAGUUAUCAGUGGAGCCAGAUGAAGGUGGAUGGGUUUAUACAGACAACCAAUGGGAAAAUCCUGUACUUAAAAGCAUUUCAGGAAACAAACUCUUCACUCGUCGAAGAAAAUGGAUCAGAAAAGCGAGAAAGAUUGGUACUGAUAUAGGGAGAAAUGGUGUUGGUGAUGCAAAUAAUCCAACAGAUAUAUCAUCAUCGAGUGGAAAUGGAAAUCAAAAUAAUCCUUCGAUAUAUAGACGGAAAACUAACGCUUAA